ACAAAAAGACUUUAGAAAGUACUAAACAGAGCAAUGAAGAACCUCUAUCACUAACAAAUUCUAAGCAGCAAGAACAAAAUGAUACAAAAGAUGAUGCACAUAUGGUCUUAAAGGAAACUGAUCUUAGCUAUUAG